UUAUCCUCCUCGAUCUCAAAGGUUAAUUAAUCACACUUGGUUUCAUCAUCAUCUCUGUGAAAGUUUUGUCUUCUUGCGUUCCCGAACAUGUCCAUGUGAUGUUUCCUCUUAUUCUAAACACCUUAUUACCUCACUCUGCUUCUUCUUUUUCAGACCGCUCUCUCCUCUUCUUCUCUCUUUUUUUAACCUGUCCUCUCCCCAAUCCUUUGUCUCUGAUCAUUUACUCACUUCCGUAUAUACAACGUUCUCUGUAAUCUCUAAGCAGAUUAAGCGUACGGUAACUGUACUACGUACUACAAUGGCAGUGGCUUCUCCGGAGGCUAAGGUGGCGGUUGCGGCGGACCUACCGCCGUCGAGCCCUCGUAUUUCCUUCUCUGCCGACUUUUCCCGCGACAACGACGGAGACGGAGACAGCGACGGCGACUUCAUCUGCAUCAGACCUGUCGUGGGCAAGGAGGAAAAGGAAAAGGGUCAAGCGAAAGUCACCGACUUUGAGUUCCUGUCGGAGAAUGCGAACUCCGGCCAGGCCAUGAUGACGGCCGACGAGCUCUUCUUCGAAGGAAAGUUGCUUCCUUUUUGGCAGAUGCAGCAAUCAGAGAAGCUAAAGGGAGUGAGCAUCAAGACAAAAGAAGGGAACGAAGAGCGAGUUGGCGAAGAAGACGAUCGAGGGAUGGAGACGAACAAGGACAAGGAGGACAGAGUGAGCUGGUUUCUGGACGACGACCCAUCUCCAAGGCCGCCCAAGUGUACGGUCCUCUGGAAAGAGCUCCUGAGACUGAAGAAGCAAAAGGGUCGUGCCUCGUCGUUGUCUCCGUCGUCGUCAUCGUCGUCCACGUCAUCGUCGUCGAGCUCACUGGGGGACGCGGCGAGGAAGGAGGAGAGAGAGAAGGAAGGGAAGAGAGGGAAGAAAGGGUUGGUGAGGACGAGGUCGUCGAGUAUGAGGAUAAGGCCAAUGAUCAAUGUCCCUAUUUGUUCUCAUCCCAAGUCGUCUUCUUCUCCACUGCCUCCUCUCUUUCCACUCUCUCUGAAGAAAGGAAGGGUAGACAGACGCUCUUAAAAAAGUCUUCUCCUUCUCUACUACAUACAUGUCUCUGUUGUUUUUUUCUCCUCUCUCAUUUCUUUCAUUUGUUCAGAUUCUCGAGUGUUCUUUCUCUUUUUGUCUCUGUAUCUACUCUUUGAUUGAGUUUGUGACUAAGCUUUGAUUAGAUGGGGUAUGUGUUCUUUUGAAGUU